AUGGUCCGUCCUUGGUCAUCGGUUUUCUUUUGGCUUGCCGCCGCGUGUCUGUCAGCUUGGGCGGCAACGGACCAGGUAGAGACUGCCAGCAAUAUCGUGGCCGAUGCCUUCAUCAUCGAGUGUGAGGGCAACGAGUUGAAAUCUCUUGCCGAUGCUGUCCAAGCAAAAGGUGGCGAGGUGCGCCAUACGUUCGAUUCAGAGUUCUUCCGCGGCAUCUCGGUAGGGCUGGCCAACGUACGCAGCAAUGAGGACAAAGAGGCUUUAAUGGACCGUUUCAAAGGCUUUACUACGUGGCCCGUAACAGAGAUUGGCCAGCCCGUUGACAGUGAAGCUACGCAGCAGCCGGGACGGAACAAACGACGUCAUCUGGGCAGUCGUGAUUCCGAAAAUGCCACGGACGGGUCCUGGCACCUCGCCAUGACACAGAUAGACAAGCUGCACAAGGAGGGGUUCACUGGGAAUGGUAUUCGAGUUGCCAUAGUUGACAGUGGUGUCAACUAUACACACGAAGCCUUCGGAGCCUGCAGGAGAGUUGGCCCCGAUUGCCGAGUUGUUACUGGAGACAACUUUGCCUGGGAAGGACAGAAGGGAGACCCGAUGGACUGCAACGGGCACGGUACUGCUCUGGCCGGCAUCCUGGGAGGAUAUGACGCCGGAAAAUACGUCGGUGUGGCACCCAACGCAACUCUUAUGGCGUAUCGAAUCCUUGACUGCAAAGGUAAAGGGUCUGCGGAUAGCGCAAUGAAGGGCUGGGAGAAGGCCGCCCUGGAUGGAGCACAAAUCAUUGUCUCGGCCUUUGGAGGAGAGACAAAUUCGGGGCGAGACCCCUUAGCCAUGAUGGUCUCUCGAAUAGCGGCCACGGGUAUUAUAUGCGUCGGCCCAGCGGGCAACAGCCCAGAGAAGGGGGCCUUUAAUUCCGCGAGUCCCUCGGCAGGCCGGGGCGUGAUAUCUGUCGGCUCCUUCUCCAGAAGCUUCAAUAUACAGGACCAGUCAUCCUACGGGCCAACGUGGGAUCUCGAUAUCAAGCCUAGCCUGGGCGCCCCCGGCGCUGAUGUCCCAACUCCCAACGUGGGCGGCGGAUACGGCCUCAGCUCCGGCACAUCGAUUGCCUCACCGUUCGCUGCGGGAGUCGCAGCCGUCGUCGCCGAGGCGCUUGGGAAGAACCUGGACUGGGCCAAGAUGGCUAGCCGCCUUGUAUCGACGGCCAAGCCGCAGCAAGACCCAAGCGGUACUGGGCUCGUCACAGUCGCCCAGCAAGGCGGUGGUCUUGUCAGCGCCUGGGAUGCCGCUCACGCGACUACUCUCGUCCAGCCGUCGCAUUUGGCAUUCAACGAUACCGACCACCGAGUCAGCACGAUUCGCCUCAGCAUCACCAACACCGCCCAGUCGGAAGUGACGUACCGGCUCUCCCCUCUCCAUGCCACCACCUUGUACGCUGCGAAGCGGAACAGUUUUGAUCUCGACCCAAUGAAGCCCGAGCCCGUCCAGGCUGCAGCCGACAUAAAGCUGAGCCAAAGCUCCCUCACCCUUCAACCGGGGGAGUCGGGGACCAUUGACGUGUCAGCCACUGACCCGUCCGGCCUUGACCCAAUACGUUUACCUAUCUGGUCUGGUUGGAUAUCCAUUAAUGGCUCUGAUUCUACCGUCUUAACCAUACCCUUUCUUGGCCUUGCCGGCUCUCUCCACUCGGCUGCUCGCGAGUACCCCCCUUUCCCAGACCUCAAGCACUUUACGGCAAUUAAUGGCACUCAGCAUCUCGCCAAGUCCGAAACAUUCAUCUUUAGAAAUCCAACAAACGGACAAAGGCCCGGCUCGUCCAAAUUCAUCAAGAAGAAGUAUGCAGGGGAAGAUGUAAACGGACUCAUCUUCGAGCUUCACUUGGGCAUCGGCUCUCCCCGAGUGCGCCUCGACAUCGUCCCGGAAAUCCUGUGCUCGGAUGUCGACCCAAGCAUUUCCAACCCCCGAGUCCCAGAGCUGUCCAAGUAUUGCGUGCCGGACAGCCUCGUCACCGAAUUUGCUGGCGUCAUGUCCAUUGGUCAAGUCCCAGGCUUCCCCUUCAAUUUUCCCAUCCGCAACCCCGGACGGUUUGUCGGCCGAUGGAAUGGUGAAAUUGCCCAUGGCAAAUACGCCCCUCCCAGCCGGUACCGUGUUGCUCUGAGCACGCUCGCUCCCUUUGGAGACGCUGCCAACGAGUCUGAUUGGCAAACCGGUUUCUCGGGAGCCUUUUCAAUGGCGUAUGAGCAUAAUAUUAUUUAA